ACGCCGUACACCCACCUCUCGAGGUACAGCACCAGGGACUGCCGUACAUACACACUGUACGACAUUGAUGCUGCCUGCCUUCUGGACUGGUCGGAUGCGGGGGCCUACUGCCAGCAGCAGGGAGGGGAGCUGGUGCCCUGGAGUGAUGCGGUGGGCAGAGACCAGCUGACCUCCCUCUGCGCCGUCAACCGCUACACCUGCUGGGCUGGCGGCCGCACGGGCGAGGGGCUGUGCAUGCUCAUGACGGCAGGCGGCUUCCUGGCGGCUCAGGGCUGCGAGCAGCGGAUGAGAUGGGUGUGUCGCAGCGCGGAGAGCCGCUGCCCACCUCCACCGUCGCCGCUUCCCCCGCCGCCGUCGCCCCCGCCACCGUCACCUUGGCCCCCGUCGCCCCUGCCGCCAUCGCCGCUACCUCCCUCGCCCCCGCCACCAUCACCCCUGCCACCGUCGCCCCCGCCACCGUCGCCCCCACCGCCGUCGCCCCCGCCUCCGUCACCCCCGCCUCCGUCACCCUUACCGCCGUCGCCCUUACCACCCUCCCCACCUCCGCCGUCUCCCCUUCCGCCAUCACCCAAGCCGCCGUCCCCGCUACCACCGUCGCCUUUGCCUCCGUCACCGCUACCACCGUCACCUUCGCCUCCGUCACCGCUACCACCGUCGCCUUUGCCUCCGUCACCGCUACCACCGUCGCCUUUGCCUCCGUCACCGCUACCACCGUCGCCUUUGCCUCCGUCACCGCUACCACCGUCGCCUUUGCCUCCGUCACCGCUACCACCGUCACCUUUGCCUCCGUCGCCGUCACCUCCCUCGCCUCCGUCUCCCGUGCCGCCGUCCCCCAGGCCGCCAUCGCCCCAGCCGCCAUCGCCUCCGUCACCCCAGCCGCCGUCACCACCACCUCCGUCACCGCUGCCACCAUCUCCCAGGCCGCCGUCACCGUCCCCGCCGCCGCCACCGUCGCCGUUACCACCGUCACCCCUCCCGCCGUCACCCCUACCUCCGUCGCCCCUGCCGCCUUCUCCACCACCGCCGUCACCCCCUCCACCAUCCCCAUCACCGCCGCCGCCGUCGCCGUCACCGCCUUCUCCUCCCCCUCCGUCACCUCAGCCUCCGUCACCGUUGCCACCGUCGCCGCCGUCACCCCUGCCGCCCUCUCCUGCUCCCCCGUCCCCUUCGCCUCCUGUGCCACCGUCGCCUGAACCCCCAUCACCGUCGCCUCCAUCCCCCCUGCCACCCUCGCCUGAUCCGCCGUCACCCGAGCCGCCGUCGCCGCCGCCGCCGUCGCCCGAGCCGCCGUCACCUGAACCGCCGUCGCCGCCGCCGCCCUCACCUGACCCGCCGUCGCCCGAUCCGCCGUCGCCCGAUCCGCCGUCGCCGCCGCCUCCGUCACCUGACCCACCGUCGCCCGAUCCGCCGUCUCCCGAGCCGCCGUCGCCCGAGCCACCGUCACCCGAGCCGCCGUCACCCGAGCCGCCGUCACCCGAGCCGCCGUCACCUCCCUCCCCUGAGCCCCCCUCUCCUCCUCCUCCCCGGUUGCGCCGGCCCCGCCCGCCUCCGCACCUGCCGCCCUCACCAACCCCACCCUCCCCACCCUCACC